ACGGAUCGCUUCUCCACAUAACACAAUCAUUUCGUCUCAAUAGAUAAUUUCACUUUUCGUUUUACUUUACGUUUACGAAUAAAACGCGUGUGUUUACAUAAGAAAAAGUGUUUCAAGUGAUUUAAAAAGCGAGUGAAUUUAAAUAUAGAUAUGUCGAGCAAAAUCACUUGUUUAUUUACAUUGACGCUGGUAUUAUGGUUGAAUAUUUUCCAUACACCGUAUGUCAUUGCUUUCUUCGACUACAAUAAAUUCCAUCCGGUGCCCUAUCGUCCAGACUUACAAGAAAACUGUCCACAGGUGAAAGCGAUGCGAAAUUUCAAUAUAACUGAUAUGAUGGGAUUUUGGUAUGUUAUUGAAUAUUAUGCGUCGUCUGAGGAAGCGGCCGAAUACUCUUGCAUGAAAUGUAAUUUCUCGAUAUCAACGGAAAGUGCACAUAUCACAAUGAAUUUUACGUAUUUAUACAAAGACGAUCCUGACAUGGACGCAUUGUACGGAAAUUUGACUUGGAUCGUCCCAAAUGUUGACAUUCCAGCUCAUUGGAUUCACGCAGAAUAUAUAUAUGAGGGAGUCUAUAACACAUACAUUAUCGACACAGAGUACCGUGAGUGGGCAUUAAUAAUGCAUUGUGCGGAAAAGCCGAAGUCCAAUCGGUAUUUGUCGGCCCUGAUGCUCUCCAGAACACCAACGGUCGGUGCGAACGUCAUCAGUUUCCUCAGGGAGAAACUGCCUAAAUACGACAUUGAUAUUUCAUUCAUGUUUCCAAUUGACCAAGAAAAUUGUCAGAAGAUUGUGAAAAACGAAACCUAUUUCCAAUAAAACCGAAACAAUUUAUUUUCUAAAGUUUCUUUUCCA